UUGAAAGAUUUCUUUCUGUCUGUAAAAUUAAAACUCAAUAUUUUAAUAGAAUUUCAUAUAUAAAAUGAAAAAUGUUGCAUAAACCACUGUCUUUCAUCAUAUCCAUCCAUUUACAUUCACUUGUUUUUUGAUAAACAUGAUUGAGUUUCGUAUCUAGCAAAAUUCUAAAUGCAUUAUUUAUUUCUUUUAAUUUACUAUCCUGGAAUACAUACAUUGGUGACAUUACCUACUAGUUUCCAAAUGCGAAAGACAGUGGGGAGCAUGCGUUUGCUUAAUGGGAGGACUGUGGAUACUAGUUCAAUGUACUAACUGAGGAUUAACUAUAACUAUUGUUCAAAAUCAUUAAAUAAAUAAUACUGCACAGAAACUGAUACUUAAACAGGGUAAAUUCUAAUCAAAUAUGAUACCUCCGGAAGAUGAACCGUUGUGGCCCGAUAUCGCUCUUCGCAUGUUAACGAACACUGUUUCACAUCCAAUUGAAUAUGCUAAAGUUUUAAUACAGAUUGGAUAUGAACCAAUUCCACCACGGCCGACAACUACUUUAUUAGGACAACCGGCUUUGGCUUUACCUAAUGUUUUUCAAUACGUUAGGUACAUAAAAAGUGUGGACGGGUUUACAGGCUGUUAUUGCGGCCUAAUACCAAAAUUAUGUGCCUAUACUGUAAGUGCUGUAGCUUUCGAGAAAACCUCGAAACUAAUGAAAUUUAGCGACGAACGAAAUACAGAGACUUACGAUGAAUGUCAAAGAGAAGAAAUCGAACGUAAGAAUUGCAUAUAUCAAUUCAUACGAGAUCUAAUUAGUAGAACAAUUGGAAUUAUACUUAGUCAUCCACUGGACGUUAUAGCAUUGAGGAUGAUGGCACAGUUUGUUGGUGGAGAAAGAAAAUACAACGGAUUAUUUAGAUCAUUUGUGGAAGUGUACAAAGAAAAUGGGGUUAUGGGAUAUUAUGCAGGGUUAGUGCCCCGUCUCAUUGGAAAUGCUGCAGCAUUGGUACUAGUCAGUUCUUCUACUUAUCUUAUCGAUAAAUAUGUUAUAAGCGAUCGUGCAUUAAAACCAUUCGUAGUUUCCACUAUGAGAUUUGUAGCAACAACAAUUACCUAUCCCUUUUUAGUGGUAUCACACUGUAUGGCAGUUAAUAAUUGCGGGUUAAUUGCGGGUCUUCCUCCACAAAUGCCAAUUUAUAAUAGCUGGUUGGAUUGCUGGUCUCAUCUUUCAGCUACCAAUCAGCUGAAAAGAGGAAACAGUCUUAUAUGGCGUUAUUAUACAGGACCACAAGUGAUAAUUAAUGGAAAGCCAAUACCUAUUAAUAAAUAUAAUUUCCAGUUGCAAAGUACAACAUAGUAAUAACAUUACAUUAACUUGUAUUUGAAAGACUAACAGUAAAAUCACUCCUGUGCUAUA